AUGAUCAACAAAAUUGUGUUACUUCUGAUUGCAAUUGCAAAAAUUUCAUGUGAUAUAGAAGAUGAAAUUAGUCAACUUGAAAUACCAACUGGAACUAAAUACAGUUACUUUAGCAAUAUUUCAGAACCUACAUCAUCAAAAAAUCCAAAAGAAUUGGUGAUUUAUGAAAGACCAGCUGGAUCUCCUUACUUAUUCUUAAGAAACAUAUCAGCACCAAAUGCGAUAAUGAUGAAACCAAUGGAAAGUAUGCAAAUGGAUGAGAAUGGACCACCUGAUUUUAGGUCAGAAAUUUUAAUCAAGGUUUUACUAUCAAUCGUGAUUUAUAAAGCAAUCGCUUUUACAUUCUUGAUGUUGAUUUUGUUAGUCGUCUUGCCAGCAAUAAAUCCAGCUUAUCAAAGAAAGAAGCUAUAA